AAGCAGCAGGCAGGCAGUGAGGUGCCUUCUCGUGUUGGUGGCAACACUUCGUCUUCUCAUGCAACGUCUCGAUGCUUCCCCCCCAUCACCGCUUCUUUCACACGCCAUACACGCCAUGCACACCACCACAGCCCAUGUCGUGUUACCUCACGCACCGCAAUCACCUCUCUCUCCAUGCCAGGGUUCACGAUGGAUUCUGCGGGCGGCCCGCCGGUCGCAUGCGAGGCAGGCUUCGACACCCUUCUUCGCCAACUGCCUUCGAUAGCUUGGCUUGAAGCUCGAUCGAGAAGCGGAGUCGUAUCGGUUGACUUCAAGGAACCCUGGCUCUCUUUCUCUGGUACGACGACCUCCGUUGGAAUACCCCCUCCGAGAUUACAGAAAGAUAUCGAGCAACGGAUUGGGCCUCUUGGGGAAAUGAUUUGCCUUUUGGAGCUGCGGUCGAGGAGGGAAAGAACACGUUUGCGGAAGAGGGGAUGA